AUGUCAGAUAAUAUGUCAGAUAAUAUGUUAGAUAACAUAGAUAAUGAAACCUCGAAGCUAAUCAAACUAGUUCAGGAUUCUCUUGAAGAUGAUCCUCGAACAAUAAAGUUAAAAGCGAAGGAUAUUCAUGAAAUUCCUGUGGAAUUAAUAAAUCUGAUAUCUAAAGAUAAUUAUAAAGUUGAAAGUUUGGAAAUAUUGGAUAUUAGCAGGAAUAGAAUUAAGAAAUUACCAAAUGAUUUUGGAAAAUUAGUGUCACUGAAGUUAUUGAAAAUAUCUAAAAAUUUAAUAAAGAUAAUUCCUAAUUAUAUUGCGGAUAUGAAAGAUUUACAAUAUUUAAAAAUUGAUAAUAAUCCAAUUCGUUUCCCACCAAGAUCUAUUCAUAUAAUGCCGAAAGGUGAUGAAAAAGAAGUCAUGGUACUUUGGUUAUCUAAACUAAAAGAAUAUUUAAGACAACAUUCGGCUAGUCGAAAUCAUGAAAUAGAAGAAAGUGAUAAUUCCAGUGAUGGUGAAGAAGAAGUUGAUCAAGAUGAAACAGCAGAUCAUAAGCUAUUGAAAAAAUCCGCUUCGGUUGAUAGCAUUAACAAUCUAGAUGUUAAUUUAGAUUCACGCUUAACUAUUGAAAAUUCAAAUUUGUUAAAUACAAUAACUGAGGAUGAACAAAUGAUCCCUAAACUUGAAAAGAAAAGAUCAAGUCCUAAAUUAAGUUUAGAUUUACCGUCACGUCGUGAUAGAAGUUUUAGCAAUGAUUCGGAUAUUACAUUAAUGAAUUUUCGUAACAAUUUCGUUCGAUCACAUUCAAAAAGUUUUUCUCAUAAUUCUCCUACAAUUUCUCAUACAAUUUUGGAAGAGCGUAACAGUGAAUUCUAUUUUCAAAGACUUAAAACUCUUCCUCCAACUGAACAUCUUCGAAUGAGUGAUAUUUCUUUGAGAGAAGCUAGUCGAAAUAUCUUAUACGCAUUGUCUCAAAUACAUAAAGCUUUACGUCAGUUUGUAAUCUUUACCGGCAAUGAAAAGAUAUUUACUGUUGAACUUAAUAAGACUAAUCAUUCAAUAGGACAAUUAUGUGCUGCAUUACAAAAAUUUGAUACUUUUGCUCUGCAAUCUACAGGUGAUGCUGAACAUUGGGUUAAAUUACUCGGUGCAUGUCAGGAAAAUGUUACAAAUUUCAAAAUUCUCUUAGAUUUAUUGAAUAAACAUCUUAAAUAUUUAACUCAACCUCCUGAAAACUUUCGUUACUCACGGACUCUUCUUUUAAUGUUUCAUGGUGCUACAGUGGACAUUAAAUUUGCUUGGGAAAAUAUUUCUCCACUUUUGCAUAAUAGCACUCCUUAUACAGGAAAUUUAACUCCUAUACGAUCAAAAUCCAUGUCACGUUCAAAUAGCAGUAGCAAUCUUAAUGGAAUUCCUAAUUCUGCUGGAUCUGUAAUUAAUAGUUCCCCUCAAAGUGUUAGUUCUCCAUCUACUGCUGGAAUGUCGCCAUCAUCUUAUCAUGGUCCAUAUUCCGCUGGUAUAAUAAACAACUCUCAUACUGACAUUGCACUACCGAUUUCAAUAUUUGAUCAAAUGCUUUUAAAGGUUGAUGCUGCUAUAAAAGCUGUGGAAAGUGUUGGAAAAAAUUUAAUCGAACAAUUAGAUACUGCUCUUGGAUUAUCAGCAGAUGAAUCUACACCUACAUUACCUGUAAAAUUAAAAGAAUUGAGAUCACAUGUUAAAAGUGUGUUGGAUGUAACAAAACAAUUGAAAAAAUCUCGUUUGUCAGUAAAAUUAUCACAAAAAGAUGAUUUGAGUAUACAACUUAAAGAAACCGUGAAAAUGUUUGAAUUGGCCAAAAAUAUUUCACAAGAAUGGCAACUUUUUAGUAGGGAAGUUAUGACAGGACUAGGUCAUGUCACUAAAUCUAAUAUUGAAUUGACUGAUAUUCUCCGAGCAAUUGAAGAAUGGCUUGUAAUGCCACUACAACCUUCACCAUCUCCUCCUCCAAAUGAAACACCAAAACCGGUUAAAGAUAAUGAGAUUCCAAGUUUCUCAGAUAAUAAUGAUAUAAAAUAUACCGAAGAGCCUGAAGAGUUUAUUAGUUCAAAUCUUGAUGAAUCCAUUCAAAGAAAAGAAAAUGAAAUUAGUAGUAUUGGAAAUAAUGGUGUAAAAACGGACGUGACCUAUUUAAGAACUGUUGAUAAUAUCGAAUAUCCUACUUUUAAAAUGGCAGCAAUUCAACUUGGUUUGAUGGAAAAUAAUCAAGAAUGGGAUUUAUGUCCUAGAGAAGCAUCAUAG